UUUUCGGUUUAGUGACAGUGGAAAGGAAGCCCAGUACGUGGGAGACCCCCUGACUCCACAUGCAGGUCACAGGGUAGUUAUGUAGUCCAUGUGGGGUGAUUUUUUUCAAGCCCCACCUAGACACCCUGCUGACCCGCCCAGCCCGGGGAACCCCACGCUCCGCUCCAGCGAGGGGUCUUCGCUGGAUGGCAGCGGGAGGGGCUGGUGCUGGAGCUCGCCCGGGGCACAGCAAAGCUCUCCGGAGCACGGAGCGAGCCACACCUGCAUUUUCCGAGUGGAGCAGCCCGCUGGGACCAGGGGCGCGCGGUCACGUUUUCCAUCGCGCGGGCGGGGGCGUGGGGCUGCGGCCGAGUGAAAGUCUCUCUCCUCCCCGCCCGGGGCCCUGCUCUACUCACAGCGGGGGAAGGAGGAAGAGCUCUUGUAAGCAGCUGCGGCUCCUCCCCUAGAGCGCCUCGGCCCACAGGACGAGCGGCCGCCUCAGUUUCCGGGGAGCCCCGCGUCCCGCAGAUCUUAGCAAUGAGUUACCCAGGCUAUCCUCCGGCAGGCGGGUACCCCCCAGCAGCUCCAGGUAGUAAUCCCUGGGGUGGUUCUGGCUAUCCUCCUGCAAAUCCACCUCCAAUUGGACUGGAAAAUGUUGCCAACUAUGCCAAUCAGUUUAAUCCAGACUAUAUGUCAGGGAUGGCUUCUAAUUUGUCAGGAAUCUUCGGAGGUGCCAAUGUACCACAAAGCGCAUAUCCUCCUGCACCUGGAGGCUAUCCCCCUCUCCCUCCUGGGGGCUUCGGGCAACCUCCAUCUGGACAGCAAGCCUCUUACGGAAUGUACCCCCCACCUGGAGGAAAUCCACCAGCAGGAAUGCCAGCUUAUCCAGGAUAUCCAGGCAGCCCCAUGCCACCACCAGGGCAGCAGCAGCCAAUGACCUACCCAGGGCAGCAGCCAAUGACCUACCCAGGGCAGCAGCCAGUGCUACCACCUGGGCAACAGCCAAUGCCAAGUUAUCCAUCAGGCCCAGCUGUGAAUCCUUCUGUGCCUUCUUAUUCAGGAUCUGUGAUGCCCACAAUCACACCUGGAGCAUCUGGAAACCGAGGCACAAUCACUGGUGCACCAGGAUUUGACCCCCUGCGUGAUGCAGAAGUCUUGAGAAAAGCUAUGAAAGGAUUUGGAACUGAUGAGCAGGCGAUUAUAGAUUGUCUUGGAAGUCGCUCAAACAAGCAAAGGCAGCAGAUCAUCCUGUCCUUCAAAACAGCUUAUGGAAAGGAUUUGAUCAAAGAUCUUAAAUCUGAGCUGUCGGGCAACUUUGAGAAGACAGUCUUGGCAAUGCUGAAGACACCUGUCAUGUAUGAUGUUUAUGAAAUAAAGGAGGCUAUAAAGGGUGCUGGCACAGAUGAAGCCUGUCUUAUUGAAAUAAUGUCUUCUCGCAGUAAUGAGCACAUUCGAGAAAUCAGUAGGACCUACAAAACAGAAUUUAAGAAAACUCUGGAGGAAGCUAUACGAAGUGACACAUCUGGACACUUCCAGAGGCUUUUAAUCUCACUUUCUCAGGGAAACAGAGAUGAAAGUACAAAUGUAGACAUGUCACUUGUCCAAAGGGAUGUUCAGGAGCUCUAUGCUGCUGGAGAGAACCGUCUAGGGACUGACGAAUCCAAGUUCAAUGCCAUUCUGUGUACCAGGAGCAGAGCUCACCUCAGGGCAGUUUUCAGUGAGUACCAGCGGAUGUGUAACCGUGAUAUCGAGAAGAGCAUAUCUCGUGAGAUGUCUGGGGACCUCGAAAGUGGCAUGGUGGCAGUAGUUAAGUGUAUGAAAAAUACACCAGCUUUCUUUGCAGAAAGACUCCAUAAAGCCAUGAAGGGAGCGGGAACAAAAGACAGGACUCUGAUUCGAAUUAUGGUGUCGCGCAGCGAGGUUGACUUGCUGGAUAUACGCACUGAAUACAAGCGGAUGUAUGGCAAAUCCCUCUACACGGACAUCACAGGUGAUACUUCAGGAGACUACCGGAAAAUCCUGCUCAAGUUGUGUGGUGGAAAUGACUAAGUGGAGCUUGCUGCUUUUCUGUUAUUGCGUUAAAAUAUCAAUGUUGGGUUUGGUUUCUUUUUGUUUUCCAAAAAACCAAACAGGCGUGAAUUGUUUUCCUAAACCUACUAUGGAUGUGUAAAACUAACUCUCCAUAUCUUCCCCUUUCCAUCCAAAAAUGUAUAAUAAACACAAGAAAAUCUAGCUAUUGUAGAAACUGCUCAGGAUUUUUUUAAAUCACUUUCUAGUUAAUGAAUAACAGAUGAUUAUUUCUGCUUGAAUCCUUAGCUACAAUAAUUUUGUUUCCUGGUUUUAAAAAAAAAAAAAAUUAGUCUUGUUGUUGAUUUAAAGGUGGGGAGGAUUGGGGGUUUUGUUUUGGAUGCUUUUUCUAUGGACAUUUUAUGAGUCUCUCUCUUUUUUUUUUUUUUUUUUUCCACAUGCAAAUUUUCUUGUAUUUGUUGCACACAGUGGUUUUGUGUGCAUGAAUGGAACCACCCUCACUUUUGUUUUGCAUCUAAUUAUAUUGUUUGUUAAAGAAGUUUUACUAAAUACUUUUUUUAAGGAAGACCUGCUCUGCUCUUUAUGCUUCACUGCAAAUAUCACAAGAAUGUAGCAUCAAUAUCAAUUCAGCCUCUCCAGUUAAUAUUUUUGGAUUGUGCCUUAAAAGCAAUGAAUAAAUCUACGAGGACUGUAAAAUUAAAGCCAUGUAUCUUUUAAACCACCCA